AUGACGAGUUUUGUUCCAAAAACCAGUUUAAUUGUUUCUGCACUUCUGCUUGGCCUGCUGGGGCUAUGCCAUACAGUUAAAGGUGGACCAAAUACCAGCAUUAAUGUCCUUGGUUGCAAUGUCAAUUCAUAUGCAGAAGGUGACCCUUUUGGGAACAGUGUGACAUAUGUUCUUUUUGACUUGAUGAAUGUCACUCCGUCGCAGCAGGGCUUCGACUACAGAGCCACUUCGCCUUAUUCCACGGCAGUUGCUUAUGGACACGCCACUUGCAGCCGUGCUCUGUCCAAUAACGACUGCGCCAACUGCCUCGUUUCUGCCAAGGCAACUCUCGAGAGUAACUGCGGUGGUCGAAUUGGCGGCCAGACGAAGCUGGUUGAUUGCACCAUGAGAUUUGAGAACUACUACUUCUGA